CCCAACCCCUUCCCCAUGAUCAAAUAAGAGAGGAGGGGGCCGGAGAGAAGGCAAAAAGACGUGGGGGGGGAGGGCUGGCGACUUUGGCAAACUUGCGCCUCUUCUGCGGGCUGGCCGGAGCAUGGCUGCGCAGCUGACUCCCGAGGAGGAGCAGGCCACCAAGCAAUUCCUGGAAGAGAUCAACAAAUGGACCACUCAGUACAAUGUCUCUCCCCUUUCCUGGAACAUGGCUGUCAAAUUCCUCAUGGCUAGAAAAUUUGACGUCCUCCGAGCGAUUGAACUCUUCCACUCCUACAGGGAAACGAGGUUCAAGGAAGGAAUCGUGAAACUCAAACCUCACGAGGAACCGUUGAGGUCAGAACUCCUGAGUGGAAAAUUCACCAUCCUGAGUGUGCGGGAUCCCUCCGGAGCCUCCAUUGCUCUCUUCACCGCGAAGUUGCACCACCCCAAUAAAAGUGUCCAACACGUGGUACUUCAGGCCCUCUUCUACCUGCUGGACAGGGCAGUGGAAAGACUAAUUUUUAAAAAAUAUCUCCUUGGUUUACAGGGAGCCUUUCCAGCGCGCCUGAAAAAGGUCUUCAUCGUAGGAGCCCCGAUGUGGUUUCGAGUUCCUUAUUCCAUCAUUAGCUUGUUGCUUAAAGAGAAAUUACGAGAAAGGGUCCAGAUGGUGAAAAUGUCGGAGCUGAGGCAGCACCUGCCCCACGAAUGCCUCCCCGAGUACCUGGGAGGGUCCCUCAAGCUGGACCCCCUCAGCUGGAACUGCCGGUUCCUCCCGCAGCAAAACGGGCACCCGGACCCCCUGGAUGAACUGAUCCUGGUCCCUCUGGCUCCCCCUCGGGACAACGGUUCCGUGCACGUCCCAGGGCCCAAGUCCAUGACUCUGCCGGAACUCCUGGAGCACGUCAACCAGAAGCAGAAGCGGGGGAUUUAUGAGGAGUAUGAAGGCAUUCGGCACCGGAGCCCCACUGGCACCUUUGGGUGUUCUCUGGCACCUUUGAACCAGGAGAAAAACCGAUAUGGGGAUGUCCCCUGCCUUGAUCAAACCAGGGUGAAGUUGUCCAAACAGUUCAACUAUCAGGAGAUGACCGACUACAUCAAUGCAAGUUUCAUGGAUGGCUACAAGCAAAGGAAUGCUUAUAUCGGCACUCAAGGGCCGUUAGAAAACACAUACAAUGACUUCUGGAGGAUGGUGUGGGAACAGAACGUGCUGGUGAUCGUAAUGACCACAAGGAUUGAAGAAGGAGGCAAGCGGAAGUGCGGCCAAUACUGGCCACUGGAGAAGGACUUUCAGAUCGGCUAUGGAACCUUAACGGUUACCAACCUUGGAACAGAGAACCUCAGCCAUUACAAGAAGACACUUCUGGAGAUGUUCAGCUGUGAGAACCGUGAGAGACGCCGUGUGACCCACUUCCAGUACGUGAGCUGGCCCGACUACGGGGUCCCUUCCUCGGCAGCGACCCUCAUCGACUUUCUGGGAGCCGUCAAGCAGCAGCAGAGAGUGGCCGUCAGUGCCUUGGGACCACGCUACAAAGGUCAUCCAGGCGGGCCACCCAUUGUAGUACACUGCAGUGCCGGUAUCGGGAGGACAGGUACUUUCUGCGCACUAGAUAUUUGUCUGUCUCAACUGCAAGAUGUGGGUACCCUCAACAUUUACCAGACGGUGGUGCGGAUGAGGACCCAGCGCGCCUUCAGCAUCCAGACCCCCGAGCAGUAUUACUUUUGCUACUUGGCCAUCCUUGAGCAGGCGUACAGAGAAAAUCUCCUCCCCUCCUCCCAUCCCAGGAUGGGUCCGGAGAAGAGCUAAUGCGAAGGUCUAGAUGAGAAGCUCACCCUGUCCUCAGGUCAGGUCUGGAAACUCAGCCAGGCCUCAGCCACAGGAGGAAGUACUUAUUCCUUCCUUCCUUCCUUCCUCUUUCUCAUCUUCCUUCCUUAUCUUCCUUCCUUCUUCCUUCCUUCCUUUCUCAUCUUCCUUCCUUCUUCCUUCCUUCCUUUCUCAUCUUC